CAAAUGUUAAUUGUUGGGACCUCUAUUAUCGAUUCUACAUAUGAGUCUCUUGAAAGACAUUGACGUGAGCAAUACUCGCGAAUUCGAGCCGGCACCGCGCGCAUCGUUUCUACUGUGCGGUACGUACCUAAGUACCAUACGUGUAAAAAAAACAACUUGUCGAUAUGCAAUUAUAUAAGUUGCGCGCGCAUUGUUAAGCCCGCUGACGAGGAGGUUAAGUCGGGCUUGUGACGUACCACUGUACGUACGCGUAGUACUGCACAGCGCACAGUACGGGUGGUAUUCCUAUGUUAAUUGCUGUGUUUCGCUGCCCGUUACUGGCCGCUUUCGCGAGCGGCGACGGCAACAAUCAAAGGAAUUCACUCGCCUGAUCGAUGUACUUGCCUCCGUGACGGUGUGGAACCCAAUUAGGGCCAUUAGAAAAGGCGUCCGCGAUAUCUCGGAUAACUCUGCCGACUCUGCCGACAAUCGUCUACAUCUACAGUCCGCAUAGCGACCGAAACUUUGCUCGCGAUAAGUGAUAAGUGCACAUUUGCUAUCGAUAUGUCUGUACAUCGGAGAAGCGAUCCAUCUAUGAUUCAGCGGAUUUGGGAUACGAUUAAAAUCACGGUACAUCAAAGGAGCCUACCUAGUAAUGAUCGUAUGGUACGGCACAUGGCUCGAGUUUACGGCUUUACGGAACAAGAGGCUCAGGAGGAACUCAAUAAGGCAGUCGAAGAUGGACUCGUUUUGUUGAAGAAAGUGCCCACGAAAAGUGGCAUCGAGCAAGAGAGUUACAGAUUGCCACCGUCAGAUAUAUUACAGAAUGAUAAUCACGAUUGGUACUGUUGCAAAUGUCAGCAAGCAGGUGCGGUCGAAUGCUGUGAACAAUGCUGCAGGGUUUAUCAUUCGGAAUGCCAUGUACCCAGCACUGCAAAACUAAAGAUUUGCAGUUUCUGCGAAAAAACAAACAGCGAUGUAUAUUCCGACAAGGUUGAUCUCAACCAUAUUCUUAGUUUUACGUGUGGCCAUCUAAAGGCGAAAUUACCGCCGGAAAUUACAAAUCGUACCAUUGUUUUUAACAACGAUCCGAUCGUUACACCACCCAAUGGCUUUUCCGGACCAACCUGGGUGAGUGAAGGUGAAGAUGCAUGGCGAUCAGGAAUUCUUAUAAAGCGUCACAUGGAUUUAGCGAUAAUGGAUGCGAAAACGAGCAAUAAUGAGUAUAACAAUCUCGCCGAAUUUGAGGCUGAUGCACAUAAUAUUCUACAUAACAUCAUUAUAUAUCAUGGAGUUAAUAGCGUGAUAGCGGAUAUGGGACGCACGAUGUAUCAGGACUGUUGUUACGAUCUUCAAGAAAUACGUCGUUGCGCUGAUUGUUAUCGUAUAUCGAAUGAAAAAUCCGAAAAAAUGUGGUUCUGUAUACCAUGUAAUCCUCCUCAUCAACUGGUCUACGCGAAGCAAAAGGGAUAUCCAUAUUGGCCAGCAAAAGUCAUGCAAGUUAAUGGCAAUGUAUAUGAUGUGCGUUUUUUCGGAGGUCAUCAUAUGAGGGCUAAUAUCGAGAAAGUUUUUAUUCGGCCAAUUUCUUCCACAUUGCAAAGUUUGCAGAUAAAAAAAUCAAUGGCUUGGAACAGAGCUUUUGAAGAGCUAAAGCAUCAUCAGAAUUUGUUGCAAAAGUUGGCAAAGAAUAAGGAAGAUGACUCGAAUACAACAGACGACGCUCCUACACCUGCAAAAAUGCGAAAGUUGGAAUCAUCGGGUUCUAAAAGUGCUUCACAAGAUUCUAAUUCACCAAAGCAACUGAUUAAAGAUUUGAGAGUAAGAGUCGAACGCUUGAGUUCAGAAAGCAAUACUGAAACGCAAAAUGUAAACGAUGAGACGGAUAAUAAACAAGAUGCUACGAAAACUGAUGCCGAGAAUGAAGAAAGACAGGUGCCUCGUUUACCUGUAGCGGAAGACGAACCCGCGGGAGAAAGCAUAACAAGCACAUGUCCACAAGGUUUAAAGAAGGAAGGUUCCCAAGAAGAUAUGGUAACAUCUAGUUGCCAAGAACCGAGAUCAAAAUGCGUUCUCGUACAAACUGAACAAAUACAAACGGAUGGGCUUCCUGCCAAGAUUAAUUUGCAGAUUAAAAGAGAACGCAGAACUUCGGAACAACCUACGACAACGGCGCUAGAAAAAUUGCGCCGUGAAUUAGAGCUUGAAAAGUGCAGAGAAUUAGAGAGACUACAAGCGGAGCAUGCUAAAGAAUUGCGGCAAUUAACCGAUAGACAUCAACAAGUCGUCUCUGACAUAAAAAAGAAACAAUGGUGUUAUAAUUGCGAAGCUGAAGCGAUAUAUCAUUGUUGUUGGAAUACUGCAUAUUGCAGCACAGACUGUCAACAAGUUCAUUGGCAGCGUGAACACAAAAGAGUGUGCAGGCGUAAGCGUUAAUUUAUGUGACGAAUACAUUGAGUACAAUGACAUAUAAGAAAGCGUUCAGAUUAAAAAAGAAAAAAAGUAUACUUAUAUAAAGGUACAAGCACUUUUUAGUGUAUGAAAAGAAUUAAUUUACUUGUUUAUCUGAACGCUUUUUUCAUACCUUGUUGUAUAUAAUAUAUGUGUAAAUGUGUGUGUAUGCAUGUGUAUACAGUGUCCCAAGUUGAUAUUGAACAGAGAAUACCGUUUAUCUUAUCAUUUUUCCAACAGUUCUGAUAAUAGGUUUUGUGUUACAAGCAAAAAAAUUUGAAAAUUAAAAAAAUCUUGUGAGACAAAGGUUUG